AUGGACGUGGACGCGGACGUGGACGUGGACGUGGACGUGGACGUGGACGUGGACGUGGUCGUGGACGUGGUCGUGGACGUGGACGUGGACAUGGACGUGGACAUGGUCGUGGACGUGGACGUGGACGUGGACGUGGACGUGGACGUGGUCGUGGACGUGGACGUGGACGUGGACGUGGACGUGGACGUGGACGUGGACGUGGUCGUGGACGUGGACGUGGACGUGGUUGUGGACGUGGACGUGGACGUGGACGUGGACGUGGACCUGGACGUGGACGUGGACGUGGACGUGGACGUGGACGUGGACGUACACGUGGACAUGGACAUGGACGUGGACGUGGACGUGGACGUGGACGUGGAGGACGUGGACGUGGACGUGGACGUGGAUGUGGACGUGGACGCGUGGACGUGGACGCGUGGACGUGGACGUGGACGUGGACGUGGACGCGUGGACGUGGACGUGGACGUGGACGUGGACGUGGACGUGGUCGUGGACGUGGACGUGGACGUAGACGUGGUCGUGGACGUGGACGUGGACGUGGACGUGGACGUGGACGUGGACGUGGACAUGGACGUGGACGUGGACGUGGACGUGGACGUGGUCGUGGACGUGGACGUGGACGUGGACGUCGACGUGGACGUGGACGUGGACGUGGACGUGGACGUGGACGUGGAUGUGGUCGUGGACGUGGACGUGGUCGUGGACGUGGACGUGGACGUACACGUGGACGUGGACGUGGACGUGGACGUACACGUGGACGUACACGUGGACGUGGACGUGGAGGACGUGGUUGUGGACGUGGACGUGGAGGACGUGGACGUGGACAUGGACAUGGACGUGGACGUGGACGUGGACGUGGAGAUGGACGUGGACGUGGACGUGGUAGUGGACGUGGACGUGGACGUGGACGUAGACGUGGACGUGGACGUGGACGUGGUCGUGGACGUGGACGUGGAUGUGGACGUGGACGUGGUCGUGGACGUGGACGUGGACGUGGUCGUGGACGUGGACGUGGACGUGGUCGUACACGUGGACGUGGACGUGGACCUGGACGUGGUCGUGGACGUGGACGUGGACGUACACGUGGACGUGGACGUGGACGUGGACGUACACGUGGACGUGGACGUGGACGUGGACGUGGACGUGGAGGACGUGGUUGUGGACGUGGACGUGGAGGACGUGGACGUGGACGUGGACGUGGAUAUGGACGUGGACGUGGACGUGGACGUGGAGAUGGACGUGGACGUGGACGUGGUAGUGGACGUGGACGUGGACGUGGACGUAGACGUGGACGUGGACGUGGACGUGGUCGUGGACGUGGUAGUGGACGUGGACGUGGACGUGGUCGUGGACGUGGACGUGGUCGUGGACGUGGACGUGGACGUGGACGUACACGUGGACGUGGACGUGGACCUGGACGUGGUCGUGGACGUGGACGUGGACGUACACGUGGACGUGGACGUGGACGUGGACGUACACGUGGACGUGGACGUGGACGUGGACGUGGACGUACACGUGGUUGUGGACGUGGACGUGGAGGACGUGGACGUGGACGUGGACGUGGACGUGGAGGACGUGGUUGUGGACGUGGACGUGGAGGACGUGGACGUGGACGUGGACGUGGAUGUGGACAUGGUCGUGGACGUGGACGUGGACGUGGAGGUGGACAUGGUCGUGGACGUGGAUGUGGAGGACUUGGACGUGGACAUGGACGUGGACUUGGACGUGGACUUGGACGUGGACGUGGACGUGGACCUGGUCGUGGACGUGGACGUGGACGUGGACGUGGAUGUGGACGUGGACGUGGUCGUGGACAAAGACAUGGACGUGGACGUGGACGUGGACGUGGUCGUGGACGAAGACGUGGACCUGGACGUGGUCGUGGACAUGGACGUGGACGUGGACGUGGACGUGGUCGUGGACGUGGACGUAGACGUGGACGUGGUCGUGGACGUGGACGUGGACGUGGACGUGGUCGUGGACGUGGACGUGGACGUGGUCGUGGACGUGGACGUGGACGUGGACAUGGUCGUGGACGUGGACGUGGACGUGGACAUGGACGUGGACGUGGACGUGGACGUGGACGUGGACGUGGACGUGGCCGUGGACGUGGUCGUGGACGUGGACGUGGACGUGGACGUGGACGUGGACGUGGACGUGGUCGUGGACGUGGACGUGGACGUGGACGUGGACGUGGACGUGGACGUGGACGUGGACUUGGACGUGGACGUGGACAUGGACGUGGACGUGGACGUGGACGUGGACGUGGACGUGACGUGGACUUGA